AUCUCACGUUAUAUACAUAUCGUUUAUAUAAAUACUUAUAUCCCGAAUAAUCUUCCCUUACUUCUCUUGUUUCCACUCUCACCUUCCUACCUAUAUAAAACCCUAUCUACUUCACUCUUCCUCUCAACUCUCUCUUCUUCUCCUUGCUCUGUUCUUUCUUCCCUCUCUCUCUCUAGAAAGCAACUAUGAUAGUGGUUAGAGAAUACGACCCUAGCAGAGACUUAGCCGGUGUGGAGGAUGUAGAACGACGGUGCGAGGUCGGACCAAGCGGCAAGCUUUCUCUCUUCACCGACCUUUUGGGUGACCCGCUUUGUAGGAUCCGACAUUCACCUUCUUUUCUUAUGCUGGUGGCUGAGAUGGGUACGGAGAAGAAGGAGAUCGUGGGCAUGAUUAGAGGUUGCAUCAAAACCGUUACAUGUGGCAUAAAACUCGAUUUAAAUCAUAAAUCCCAAACCGACACCGUUAAACCUCUUUACACUAAACUCGCCUACGUUUUGGGCCUCCGUGUCUCUCCUUCUCAUAGGUUUCCGUUACUCCCACUAAUCGCGCAAUUACAAAAAAAAGUUAUAAUUAUUUACACGUUAAUUAUGGUUUUAUGCAGGAGGGAAGGAAUAGGGUUUAAGCUCGUGAAGAUGAUGGAAGAAUGGUUUACGCAAACCGGCGCAGAAUAUUCGUAUAUUGCAACUGAAAACGAUAACCAAGCUUCCAUUAAUCUUUUCACGGGAAAGUGCGGUUACAGCAAGUUCCGUAAACCGUCCAUUUUGGUUAAUCCGGUUUACGCCCACCGGGUUAACGUCUCACGUCAAGUAACCAUCAUCAAACUGGACCCGGUUGACGCAGAAUCUCUGUACCGGCUCCGGUUCAGUACAACAGAGUUUUUCCCGCGGGAUAUUGAUUCGGUGUUGAACAACAAACUGUCUCUCGGAACUUUUGUCGCGGUGCCACGUGGCAGCUGUUAUGGGUCCGGGUCAGGAUCAUGGCCCGGUUCGGCAAAGUUUCUGGAGUAUACACCCGAGUCAUGGGCUGUGUUGAGCGUUUGGAACUGCAAAGACUCGUUUCGGUUGGAGGUUCGUGGCGCGUCGAGGUUGAGACGUGUAGUGGCUACGACGACUCGUGUCGUUGAUAAAACGCUGCCGUUUUUGAAACUUCCUUCGAUACCGUCGGUGUUUAAACCGUUUGGUCUUCACUUUAUGUACGGUAUCGGCGGAGAAGGCCCACGUGCAACAAAGAUGGUGAAGUCAUUGUGUGGUCAUGCACAUAACAUGGCGAAGAAAGGAGGUUGUGGUGUUGUUGCGGCAGAAGUUGCCGGAGCAGAGCCGUUACGGCAAGGGAUACCUCACUGGAAAGCACUAUCGUGUGACGAAGAUCUAUGGUGCAUUAAACGGCUUGGAGAAGAGUAUAGUGACGGUGUUGUUGGUGACUGGACUAAGUCACUACCUGGCACUUCAAUCUUUGUGGAUCCUAGAGAAUUUUAAAGUUAAAACUUAUUACAACCUUCAUGUCAUAUAUAUAUUAGGGGGGUUUCUUGUAAGCUCGUGUUUUGUUCUUUUUCUUGAUGGGUUCAGUUUUAGGAAGUAAUCUUUUUUUCUUCUAAUUAAUCUUUUUUUUUGGUGUGGGUGUUAAUAACUUAGUGGUAAGGCAAAAUCUCCUACUUUUGGGGUUUGUGUUUUCUUGUCUGUAAAUGGAACUAGCUUUUUAAGAUACUUUUUCUGUGGCAAUGUUAAUAAAAUUAUAUA